AUGCUCACUGUCGGCUACCGGAUCCGACAAUUCAACGUAUUCAUCAAAACCCUUUCAUGCAUUCUGUACUGCGUACGAGUUGUGCACGACGCCAAGUUCUUCCCGGAAACGCAUCCCUACAAAGAAGGAGAGAUAAAAUAUGAGUACCUGUUCUGGGUGGGCAGAACCACCUACUUGUGGCUCGUGCAAACAUUUGUCGCUGUUGUCAGUCUGACAGAGACUAUAAUAGUUUUCUACAUAAGUUAUGAGUGGAACAUUUGUCGUCUGUUCCUGAAUGCUCACUUCCUCUUGGAACUCGUCACCAGUUUUCCGUUCAUAAUUACGAUUUUCUUCAAAGAGCUUCGCAUAAUGUACGUUCCCGUAUUUCCUGAACUGCUGGCUCGCCAAGGGAUCUCUUCAUUCAAUGAUGGUAUGUGUAGCAUAGAACAUCUACAGCGAGCAGGUGAACGCCAGUUUGACCUCUUUACCAGCUUCUAUUUCGUUAUGGUCACAUUCUCAACUGUUGGCUAUGGAGAU